CCACCUCCUUUGGAGAACACAGGCCUCCAACAGUCUCUGGCAGCCUCAAGACUGUGACAUUCCAGAAGCAUGGAAAGCUGGGACUUUCUGGGGUUCCUCAUCGUCACAUUAAACUGCAACGUGACCAUUGUGGGAAAGAUCUGGCUUAUCCUGAUGCUCUUGCUGAGGAUGGCGGUGAUCGUCUUGGCGGGGUACCCCAUCUACCAGGACGAGCAGGAGAGGUUUGUCUGCAAUACUCUGCAGCCGGGAUGCGCCAACGUUUGCUACGACAUCUUCUCCCCUGUGUCGCACCUGCGGUUCUGGGUGAUCCAGAGCGUGUCUGUCCUGCUCCCCUACGCCGUGUUCAGCGUCUAUGUCGUCCACCAAGGAGCUGUGCUCGCCGCCCGGGGGCCCUGCGGGUCGGAUGAAGCGCUGGGGGGCCCGGACCCCCGUGACCCGGGCCCUGGGGAGGGGCGCAGCCCACGGCCCUGCAGGGAGCGGUGCCACCUGCGCGUGCCGGACUUCUCCUCCGGCUACAUCGUCCACCUGCUCCUGCGGACCCUGCUGGAGGCAGCUUUUGGGGCCUUACAUUACCUCCUCUUCGGAUUCUUGGUCCCAAAGAGAUUCUCUUGCACCCGCUCCCCUUGCACCAGCGUGGUGGAUUGUUACGUGUCUCGGCCCACGGAAAAGUCCAUCAUGAUGCUCUUCAUCUGGGCGGUCAGCGCGCUGUCCUUCCUGCUCGGUGUCGCCGACCUGGUGUGCAGCGUGCGGCGCAGGACGCGCAGGGGCCGAGGCCCCAGCCGGGGGGCGAAGGGCCCCUCGGUCAGGGAGGAGUGUGGAGCCGGGUCACCUCCUCCCAGCCUCGCUUCGGGACGCCAGAAAGACGGGUGGGAGGAAGAACGGGCGACGGCUCACUCUGGCACGUGGUCCCCAGGGGAGGGUGUCAACGGCGACCCCGGUGCACCGGGGCGGAUGCAGCUUCCAGAUGAAGAUGAGAAUGAGGUGAUGUCCUCAGCCAGCGACAAGCUGUCUCUGGCUUGCAAAGAGCCCGGGGGCACGCCCCACAGAGAGGCCACCCAUGACUCUAGGGGCAAAGGCUCUGUCCCUGGGAGUGGCCUGGCGGGGCGCUACUCAUGCAGCCAGCUCCAGCUCCUUCCCCGGCUGGCCAGCUCUGGCAGUGCCCCCCACUUGAGGACAAAAAAAUCCGAGUGGGUGUAAAAAAGAGCGCCAAGCAACCCUGAAUGUGCACAGCUGUCCUGUUGCAAAUGGAAACGUGGGUGUAGACAGGACACACACUCACCUUAGGGGCACCUGUAAAAUCACUCAACUAAGUUCCCGAGGACAUUAACAGCCACAAAGGCCAGCUGGCCUGAGGACAAAUGGACUUCACAGGAGAGACUCUGAUACACUCUCCAUGCGGAUUUAAUUUAGGUAACACUUUUUGUUGAAAAAAAGCAUGUGACGUUCAAAUGCUCCAGUGAAUCUAAAACGAUUAAUUGGAGAGUGUCUGCUUACUGAUCAUGGUGAGGCUGUUCUAUAGGCGACACUCUUGGUGGUUCUACUGUCAUAUUCUUUGUCAUGUGCUUAGUGUAAAGUGUGGUGUCUUACAUUCAUAGAGCUCAUUAAUGUUUUCAUAUUUUCUGAUGAAUAAUUAUUAUGAGGUUUUGUUUUUGUUUUUCUGCAUGGAUGAAAGAAACAUCUGUUAUGCAUGCCAUCAAUGGAGAGCUAUUACUUCUCUGAACCCCUUAAUAAAAUGAAUGUUGAUUGCAUUGUAGUAUCACACU